AUGAGCGCAUAUUCGCCCAACUCAUCGACCAAUGUAAGCGAUAAAAUGCAAACGUUCAAAUUGCGUUCGCGUUUAAAUACAAUUUUUAAUUUUACAAAAAAUUUAUUUUUAGGAGCUUCCCAUAUUGAUGAUUUGACAUAUCUUUUUUACUUGCCUAAGUGUAAAGUUGAUGAUCCUGAAUCAUCGACAAUAGGUACAGAAGAUCGGAAAGUUUUAGAAAUUCUUACGAGAAUGUGGACCAAUUUUGCAAAGACAGGGAAUCCCACUCCUAUCUUAGAUCAGUAUGUAACUAUUACUUGGUUACCUGCAACAGAGGAUGCUUUUAAUUGUUUAAAUAUUAGCGAUACUCUUCAACUUGAAAUAAUUACUGAUCAUGAUAGCAUGUCAUGAGAAUCAGCAUUGUAAAAAUCCUGUAAAUGCUGUAACAUUCCUAUAGAUUUAUAUAUAUAUAUAUAUAUA